AGCUGUCAUCACAAUUAAACAAAGCAUUGUUUGCAAAUAAAACUGACCGCAGGAGAUAACAGUCUGGCACCACGCCAGUUCGUGCACAGGUUUAUCAGUACCAGCAAAGCAAAACUAGAUUUUUUGUUCACUUUUACGUAAAAUUGUGACUUUUUGUGUGCUUAUCAAAAUUCUACUUUGCGCUGAUAAGAGGUUCUAUUCUUCAUGGUUAUGCUGGAGUAACUAGCGGUAAUCAGCACAACAGCCAGGUUUUUGCAGUACUAUGAAAAGGAUGGCCAGCACAGCAACCUCCGAAGAGUACCAGGAAGCGAUGGCCAAAGUAACCCUCGUGGAACGAAACCCCUGCCCGAAUGGAACGCAAAUCGUGAGCCUGUAUCGCAGCGGACGACGCGAAGCCGAGGACAUAGUCGACCUGGCAAAGGAAAUCCAAUCGGCCGAAAUUCAAGUGAAGAACAAUGCUUGCGCAAGGCUGCUGGUCAUCGCGGAGCAGGUCAAAUUCCUUCAGGAGCAGGCGCGCAAAAUUCUGGAAGAGACACAGACGGCCCAGGACUUGCACCAGGCGGCUUGCAAUUUUAAGAAAAUUCCCGGCCACAUCUACCAUCUGUACAAGCGGGAUUCCGGCCAGACGUACUUCAGUAUGCUUUCGCCGGAGGAAUGGGGACCGGGCGGAUGUGCCCACACCUACCAAGGUAGCUAUCGGCUGGAGCACGACCAAACGUGGACAGCGGUGGAGAAAAUGCAGCAAGUGAACGAUCAGCUCAAGUGGGCGAGGAAUUUGGUGGAGUCCUCCGGGACGAAACGCGCGGAUCUGCUGUCGAUAGGUGGCGCUGGUGACUCGGAGGCAAUGGAAACGUAAGUGGCUUUAUGUAUUUAUGACUUAUUUUUACGGAGCGAAUCUAAUAUGAGAUUUUGUUGAUUGGCGGUGAGAAAUGA